GGGAGGGAGAAGAGAGCGGAGGAGAUGGUGCUGCCGCCGUACUUCUACAAUGUGCCGGAGAUGGAGGAGAGAAAAUGGAGGGCGUGGUUUGUGCCUUUGAUUGUGUUUUGCAAUGUGAUGGUGAUGAUGGUGGAGAUGUUUGUUAAUAAGUGUCCUGUUCAUGGUGGGGGAAGAAGAAGCUGUGUUGCUGGAUUUCUAGGGCGGUUUUCUUUCCAGCCUAUUAGAGAAAAUCCUCUGCUUGGACCUUCAUCACUCACAUUGGAGAAAGUUGGAGCUCUUCAAUGGGAAAAAAUAGUGCAUCAGCAUCAAUGGUGGAGGCUGCUUGUUUCCAUGUGGUUGCAUGCUGGCCUCAUUCAUUUGCUUGUAGACAUAUUAAGUCUGAUAUUCAUUGGCAUU